CGCUCGCCGCGCUCCCACCCGCGGGCCCCCCGCCCCGCAGGUGCAGUGGGCUGGCACUUGGCUGGGAAACUGGAAAGAGCUGGUUCGAGUUUGCACUUUAGCUCCUGGCGGAAAGGGAGCCCCGCGAUCCCGGCGCGGAGCGCGGCAGGGGGAUGGCUCGGCUGCUCUGGCCCCUGCUGAGAGUCCUGCUGCUGCUGGAGGUGGCGGCCGCCGUGAGCUUUCUCCACCACCGCUACGAGGAGAUGGUGCAGGCCCUGUUCAGCGUGCAGAACGAGUGUCCCUACAUCACCCGGAUUUACAGCGUCGGCCGCAGCGUCGAGGGGCGGCAUCUCUACGUGCUGGAGUUCAGCGACUACCCGGGGAUCCACGAGCCCUUGGAGCCAGAGUUCAAAUAUGUUGGAAACAUGCAUGGCAAUGAGGUGCUGGGCCGCGAGCUGCUGCUGCAGCUCUCUGAAUUCCUGUGUGAGGAGUAUCGCCGGGGCAAUGAGCGGGUCACACGCCUCAUCCACGACACGCGCAUCCACAUCAUGCCCUCCAUGAACCCUGAUGGCUAUGAAGUGGCUGCCAAGCAGGGCCCGGACAGCAUUGGGUACUUGACUGGGAGGAACAACGCCAAUGGAGUGGACUUGAACCGCAACUUCCCUGACCUCAACACCUUCAUGUACUACAAUGGGGAAAUUAGUGGGCCAAACCACCACAUCCCUCUGCCAGACAACUGGAAAAGUCAGGUGGAGCCAGAGACACUAGCUGUGAUUCAGUGGAUCAGCAACUACAAUUUUGUGCUCUCAGCCAAUCUGCACGGUGGAGCUGUGGUGGCAAAUUACCCCUAUGAUAAGUCUCAUGACCAGCGAUUCAGGAACCACCGGCGCACAGCUAACACACCUACCCCUGAUGAUAAGCUGUUCCAGAAGCUGGCCAAAACCUACUCGUACGCACACGGCUGGAUGCACCGAGGCUGGAACUGCGGGGACUACUUUGCUGAUGGCAUCACGAAUGGGGCCUCCUGGUACUCACUCAGCAAAGGCAUGCAGGACUUCAAUUAUCUCUACACCAACUGCUUUGAAAUCACCCUGGAGCUGAGCUGCAAUAAAUUCCCCCCUGAAGAGGACUUGGAGCGGCAGUGGAUAGCCAAUCGGGAGGCCCUUGUUGCUUUUAUUGAAGAGAUUCACCAGGGCAUCAAAGGGAUGGUGUCAGACGAGAACAACAAUGGCAUUGCACGAGCAGUGAUUUCUGUCCAGGGGAUCAGCCACGAUGUCACCUCUGGUGACAUGGGGGACUAUUUCCGACUGCUCCUGCCUGGCACUUACACGGUCACAGCCUCUGCAGAGGGUUAUCAGCCCCAAACAGUGACAACGACAGUGGGCCCAGCUGCACCUUCAUUGGUGCAUUUCCAGCUCAAACAAGACGUGGUGAGGAAGCCCCCAGAGCGUAAAACCUCAGGCACACGCACAAACAAUAAAGCCCUUCAGAAGAAGGUAGUGCCAAGAGCCACCCACCGGCGGACCCAAAGAUGAAGACAGCUCCCUUGGCUGAGAGCUGGGGGAAGCCAUUAUAUGUAUGAGGCCUGGCUGAUGACUCCAGCCAGUGAACUUUCCAAAAGUCCAGCAUGAAACUAGCUUUAAUUAUUAGAUUAUUAAAUGAGGAAGUAUUUAAACCCUGAGCAAA